GGCGGGAGGGCGGCCCGGGGGCGGUGGCGGCGGCUGCCCGGGGGCGGCCGGCCCUGCCCGCCCGGCCGGGGCCAUGGCGGAGCUGCACGCCCGCCUCGAGGAGCUGGAGCAGCGGCUGGAGCGGGUGGAGGCGGCGCUGCGGGCCGGGCCGCCCUGGGCGCUGCGGCUGCCGGCGGUGCCGGUGACGUUCGAGGACGUGGCGGUGCAGUUCAGCGCCGAGGAGUGGGCGAGCCUGGACGACGAGCAGAAGGACCUGUACAGGACGGUGAUGGAGGACAACUACGCGUCGCUGGUGUCCGUGUACUGUGCCCUGUCCAAGCCUGAACUCUUGUCUCGGAUCGAGAGAGGAGAAGAGCCGUGUGCGCCAGUGGAGCUGGACCUGGAGGGAGCCGGCGUGUCCCCAGAGCCGCCCAAAGAGACGCUGCUGCCCUGUGCGCCUGGGAGCGGGGACGCACACCCCUGCGCUUGCAGCGCUGAGCUCCCAGCUGGCUGCUCCUCCCCAGAGCCAGGCCGGCCACGCUGCACGCGCCACGAUGUCCUGCUGGAGAUGACAAAGGAGCCUUGUGAGGGGAGCUGUAGGGACCCGGAGAGAAGCAGGAGCCUGGCGGUCACAGCGAACUGCGGCACACCACACGUCCCUCGCGAAGCCGCCGCUGUCCCGGCAGAUCUCAGCCAGCCCAUCCCGUCGCCCUCCUGCCCUCUCUCCACAUGUUAUCGUGAAGCGGUGAAUCUGAACUCGUCUUCAUCGCCUCCCCCAGCAGCAGCAGGUGCUGAGGUGGGGAUCCCAGUGGAGGUACCGCGGGAGGAGAUUGCUGCGGAGAAGGCGGCAGUGCCUGAAACACCCUCGAAAGGUCUGGAAGAGGAGGCUGUGAAAGAUUCAGGGGAUGAUGAUGAGGCUCUGGUGGCAGAUGUUCCCAAAGAGCUGCGUAAGGAGGUGAUACCAGAUGCCUGCAGAGCAAUGGCACAGGCAGAGCCCAGCUGCACGGUCACCUCCCCGGGACAGCCUCUGGAGUCCCCAGGGGAGCCCGUGGAGUCCUUUGAAGAGCCUGUGGAGUCCCUGGGACCGUCCGUGGAGUCCACAGCAGAGCACACAGGGUGCCCAGGAGAGCCCGUGGAGUCCCUGGAAGAGCCCGUGGAGUCCCCGGUAGAGCCUGUUGAGUCCCCAGGAGAGCCCACGGAAUCCACGGCAGAGCCUGUGGAGGCCCUGGGAGUGCCUGUGGAGUCCCCGGCAGAGCCAGUGGAAUGCCCAGGAGAACCCGUGGAGUCCUUGGAAGAGCCCGUGGAGUCCCCUGGAAAGGCCAUGGAGUCCCUGAGAGAACCCAUGGAGUCCUUGGAAAAGCUUACAGAGUCCCCGGCAGAACCCAUGGAGUCCCCAGGGGAACCCAUGAAGUCACCAAAAGAGCCCGUGGAGUCCUCGGCAGAGCCCAUGGAGUGCCCAGGGGAACCCAUGAAGUCACCAAAAGAGCCCGUGGAGUCCUCGGCAGAGCCCGUGGAGUCCCCAGGGGAACCCAUGAAGUCACCACGGGAGCCCGUGGAGUCCUCGGCAGAGCCCGUGGAGUCCCCGGCAGAGCCGGUGCACGGUUCCUGCGUGGGCCGGCCCGCCGCCUGCCAGCGAAACUCCACCCGGGAGAAAUGCUACUCCUGCCCCGUGUGCCAGAAAAACUUCCUGCUGAAGAUCAACCUCACCAUCCACCAGCGGAGCCACAGCAACUGGCCGCCCUACAUCUGCGUGCACUGCGACCAGAGCUUCAUGUCCAAGGCGAAAAUCCGGUGUCACCUGCGGGUGCGGGCGGCCGAGGGGUUCUGCCAGCUCUCGGAGGCGGAGGAGAGCUCCAGCCAGGGCCCGUGCCCUGACCGCCAGCCCCACGACCCCGGCACGGACCACGGCACGGCCUGGGAGAAGCCCAGCCCCAGCAGGUACCCGCUGUCCCCGGGGAAAAUGAUGUACACGUGCAACGAAUGCAUGGAGAACUUCUCCAGCCAGAGCUUUCUGAUCCUGCACCAGCGGCGCCACACCAAGCGCCACCGCAUCCUCUGUCCCUGCUGCAACAGGAGCUUCACGUGGGCCUCGGACUUCGUGCGGCACCACUGGACGCACACGGGCGAGCGGCCCUACCAGUGCGGCGUCUGCCAGAAGACGUUCAAGCGGCGCUACCAUCUCAACGUGCACCAGAGGACACACGUGCGGCAGCAGAGGCUGUACCCCCGCGAGGACAAGCCGCCCGUGCCGGCCGCUCUCGUUUAGGCACAGACAGGACAGGGGGAGCGGGAACUGCGGCAGAGUGGGGGGAAGGCGGGAGGUGGCAUCCCGGGGACAGGGGGGUGCUGUUGGACCUUCUCCAUGACCACGGUCCCCAGUGGGUCAGGUGAAAGCUGGAGCACGGGCAGGGCUACCCCGAUCCCCCUGCCCUGCCAUGGGGCUGGUGACACCCGGCCCUCCCGUGCACACCCUCGCAGUGGGGGUCACUCUUUGUUCCCGGGUCCUGGUCGGGGGGACAGCCGGAGCGGAACCGGGUGCUGCUGUGACGGAGGACUCGUCCUUAUUCUGGAGAGCGCCAAUAGAUGCUGUAGAAGUCAA